AUGACCGAAAUUAUUUCUUUCAGAAUUGACAGAAAUCAACUUAUUAACCAAUAUCAUACAAAGCUUCUGACUUAAAAAGGAAAAGCAUUCUAAAUAUCAAAUUUGAUUAAUAUUAAUUAAUAUGAUUUCAUUAAGAUCUAAAAUGCCAGAGUACUCGAACUCUAUAUUGAGGAACUAAAUUAUAAAAGAAUAAGAAGUAGAUAAAUGGGAUUAAAACAAAGGGAGACUUGUUAAGACUAAAAUUCAAAUUACAAUUACAUAAGAGAAUUACAUCAUCUACUCAUCUAAAGAAGGUGUAAUUUUGAGACAGUAUAUGAGGAUUUGUUAUUUUUAUAAAGGGAAUUAAAUUAAGACAAUUAUAUAAAUUCAGAAGUUUUGAAUAAUAUGGAAUAGAUUAUACAUCUUAAAUGGCAUGGUGAAUAUGGACAGAAUUAAAGAAAAUUAGGCAAAUGGGUAGCCACUUGGAGUGGGGAAGCUCUUUAAAAUGUUGGAGGAUACUACAAAGAUGGUUUAAAGGAAGGUUUAUGGAAGGAGCCAAUUAAGAAUUAUUAGAGGUAUACAAAAUUAAAAAAUCUUUAUAUAGUAAUGCUUAAGUAUUUGAAAGUGGAGGAUAUUUUCAUAAUUAAAAAUGUGGUCGAUGGAAUUUCAUUUAAAAUAACGAAACUAUGUAUUAUGAUUUAUCAUCGAUAUAGAGGAGGUGGAUCAUACAAUCAGCAAGCUUAGAAAAAUGGUAAAUGGACUGAAUUGUAGGAAGGUUUUUCAGAUGAUUUAUAAGUAACUUGGAAAGGUGAGUACAAAAUUGGUAUAAAAGUUGGUAUAUGGGAUAUUUUGUAUGAAAAUUCAAAAAUGUAAAAAUAAUCUAUAAAAAAACUUAUGAUAAAAAUUAACAUAUGUGUGUAAUAGUGGUGGUGGAUCAUUUGGAGAUGGUUAAGGAAUUAAGUAGGGCAAUUGGGUGGAAAUAUGGAAGGGAUUUUAUUAUUUCAGUUAAGUAACUGAAAAUGGUGAAUAUAAGAAUGGCAAAAAAUUUGGGAGAUGGGAUAUUUGGUAUAAGGAUAUAGAGAAUAAUACAAUUACAAAGAUGUAAAAAAAUCAUAAUAUAAAUGCUUUUAUUUUUUAAGUGGAGGUGGAUCAUAUGAUGAAGGAGGCAAUAAGUCAGCUAAUUGGGUGGAAAUAUCAGAUGGUUUUUGCGAAGAUUCUUAAGUAAUUUAUCAUGGUGAAUAUUAAAAUGGGAAAAAAAUUGGUAAAUGGGAUAUUUGGUAUAAGAAGGAGUAUGGAGAUUUAGAAAAUACAAGAAUGUAAAAAAUAAUAUAUAAAAAGUGUAUAACUAUACAAAAAUAUGUGUGCUUUAAAGUGGUGGUGGAUCAUAUGAUGAAUAAGGCAAUAAGUAAGGUAGUUGGGUUGAAUUAACGGAUGGUUUUUGUGAAGAUUCUUAAGUAAUUUAGGAUGGGAAAUAUAAAAAUGGAAAAAAAAUUGGUAGAUGGGAUAUUUGGUAUAGAGAAGAUGAUGAAAACAUUAAAAUGUAAAAAAUAAUAUAUAAGUGCGUAUACUAAUACAUUUAUGUGUGAAAGUGGGGGUGGAUAAUAUGAUGAAGAAGGUAAUGGGAUAAAAUUUGGUAAAUGGGUAGAAAUUUCGGAUGGAUUUUACGAUUCUUCUUAAGUAACUUGGGAUGGUGAUUAUAAAAAUAAUAAAAAAAUUGGUAAAUGGGAUAUUUGGUAUGAAAAUUCAAAGAUGUAAAAUUAUAAUAUAAAGUGCACAAAAUAAUAUUCAAUUUUUUUGAUAAAGUGGUGGUGGAUCAUACGAUGAAUUAGGUUAAGAGAUUAAAUUGGGUUAUUGGGUUGAAGUUUCUGAAGGUUUUAAAUAUGAUUAACAGGUAACUUGGGAUGGUGAAUAUAAGAAUGGCAAAAAGUUUGGUAGAUGGGAUUUAUGGUAUAAGGAUAUAGAUAGUAAUAAAAUUACAAAGAUGUAAAAAUAUGAUAUAAAGCGCUCAAAAUAAUAAUCAAUGUGUUUGAAAAGUGGUGAUGCAUCAUAUGACGAGCUAGGUUAAGAGACAAAAUUGGGAAAUUGGGCGAAAGUUUCGGAAGGUUUUAAUAAUGAUUCUUAAAUAACUAAGAAAGGUGAAUAUAAAAUUGAUAAAAAUUUUGAUAUUUGGAUGAUUAGAGAAAACAAAGUAAAAGAAAUAGAUUACGAAAAAUGA